CCUGUUUUGAGGUCAGGGAGGGGAGGAGGGAGUUAGCCUUGCGUCUCACUCUCUCCUUCUCCCCUCCCCCUUCGUUGUGGUCUCGCGCUGCCUGCCUGGCGGGGCUCUUCUCAGUUAGUAACAAAAUGGCCGCGGUGGCAGCAGCUCUGCUCCUGAAGCGGAGGACAGAGGCGGUGGCGGAGGCGGAGGCAGCGGCGGCGGCGGAGGCAGCGGCUGUGAGGAGAAGCGGGGGGCUGGCCCGGCAGCACCACUGAGCCCAGCGGCAUUGCCUGUCCCGCCAACGGCCCAACCCCCUUCCCCUCCAAGGGAAAGCUCUGUCCGAGAAGCUGCUGCUGCCGCUGCCGCCUCCAUAAAUCCUCCUUAUCUCCCUAGAGAGACUCCUCGAGUCCCUGCGGAGGGGAAGGAGAGAGAGGCUGCUGGAUCCUGCUCGGGUGGAUCCUAGUGGGUGGGAGGGAGAGAGAGAGAGAGACUGACGGACGUCCUUAUGAGAAACUCAGCUGCUGGAUCUGUGGAUCCUGUCCCUGUGAGAAAAAGAGAGACUGGAUUUCGCCUUCUUUUCUGGGUCCACUUACGUUUGGCUCAGCUGGGUGGAUCCCUAUGAGAAAGAGAGACUGGAGGUGGACCCCUUCUCAAUCCGAAGCCUAUCUUCUGGAUCCUUUUAAGAUCCCUCUAUAUGAGAGAGACUGCUGGAGCACCCUUCCUUGACUCCGCAUAUGAAAGGCGGAUCUCUCUGGCAUCUGUGGAUCCUUGCCUUCUGAGACACUGCCUGGAUCCUUCUCCCCCUUGGAUCUUCCUGAGAGAGACUGCAAGAUCCUCCCCCCUCCUUUUUCCUCUGCUUGUUUCACCUCUCUCCUUUUUAGAGAUACUCUGUUUGGGUACUUUCUUCUGUUUGGAUCCUUAUGUGAGACUCUACUGGAUCCCCCUGUGGCUCCGUUUUGUUUUUCCUGAGAAAUUCCCUUUUAAACCUUUUGGCUGGGUUCAAUUUUCUCCAUCUUAAUUUGCACUUUUGAAAAUAAAAUCUUCAGAUGCUCAUUCAUAUAAACUGAGAAUUUCUCAACGCAGAUUUUUAAAAGCCGUGUUCUGAUCAAUUGCAAAGCGUUUUCCACUCUCGCAUCUCGACAGUACAUUUUGCUGCAACCGCGUACGUUUAAUUUUAAAACAAAAUUCCGGGUGCACAACUCUAGCUGAGGACUCAUAACUGCUAGUUUUGCUUCUCUGGAAAUAAAAUUAAAAAAAGCUUGUUUUGGAAUUGGACCUGCAUCUGCUGCACUUACUCCACCUCUGGGCUGGAAUCAAACUGGAGCUUUUGGCUCUUCUACUAGGAUACUGUUGAUUUCUUAUCUGAUUUUCCCCACCCCUUCCCCUUUGUGGCAGGUUAUUUUGGGUGGUUUUUUUCCUUUCUUUUAAAUUUGGAACGGGCAUAAAUAUAUUAAAAAAAAUCAACAACCCUGACUUUCUUGGCCGUGUGAGAUUUUUUUCGUAUUCAACGUGAAAAAAAUACGGGUACUUUUUGUAAGCAAAAGCAUUAAAGAAAGGAGCACGUUAGUGAAACUCCCGGACUCCAGACAAAAUAGUAACUUGUUCUUUUCCAAGGAGACUGAGUCGAAAGCUGCCAAAGAGCCCCAGAAGGAAACGAAGCAAAGGGAGAAAGAACAAACACAAGAAGAGAAACAUUUGAUGGAAGAAAAGAAAAAGAAAAAGCAGGAAGAAAAGAAAAAGAAGGAAGGUGCUCAGAAAAAGGCUGCUGAACAAAAAACCAAAGUGCCAGAACCUAUUAAGACCAGUUUAAGCCAGCCCCAACCUGCCAGUACCAGUACCAGUACUUCCACCAGCACUAUUACUAACAAUAGCAAUGGCAAGCGUGCAUCUGCCAAUGGGCAGCAGCCAGCUGCAUCCCGAUACCUGCCUCGUGAGGUGCCUCCACGCUUCCGCCAACAAGAACAGAAGCAGCUCUUAAAGAGAGGCCAGCCUCUGCCUACUGGAACUCUGAUCAGCACGAGCCCAUCACAAGGUACUGGACAAGCAGGAGCAAGCCCUCCUCCACAGCCAGGAGCAGGUGGACAUCAUCACCCCAGUAAGACUCAGACCCCAACAGACCUUGGUCACAGCGGAUUGGGAGACCAUUAUGAAAAUACUCACUGGGGACAGCAGCCCACUUUCCGAAGUGAAGCCAAUUGCAGCUGGGAUAAAGUGAUAAUAGACAGGACUGACAAGGAAGCGUGGCCUUCCAUUACAGGAACUGAGACUGAGUCUGCCUCAGAAUGUACUACAGACACUGACUCUGCCUCCAACUGUGGCUCAGAGAACAGUAGCAUGGCUACAGGGAGUGCCCAAGGCAACUUCACUGGACAUACAAAGAAACCUAAUGGCAAUAAUGGCGCCAAUGGAGCACUCAUCCAAAGCACUUCUAACCAGAGUGCCCUUGGAGCUGGUGGAGCAAAUGGUAAUGGAAACUCGGCCAGAGUGUGGGGUGUUGCCACAGGUUCCAACUCUGGUCUAGCUCAUUGCUCUGCCAGCGGUGGGGAUGGAAAGAUGGACAACAUGAUUGGAGAUGGUAGAAGUCAAAAUUGCUGGGGUGCUUCCAACUCAAAUGCUGGCAUUAAUCUUAACCUUAACCCCAAUGCCAAUCCAGCUGCCUGGCCUGUACUUGGACAUGAAGGAACUGUGGGAGCAGGCAACCCUUCCAGUAUUUGCAGUCCAGUCAGUGCCAUAGGUCAGAACAUGGGCAACCAGAAUGGGAACCCAACGGGCACCUUAGGUGCUUGGGGAAACUUGCUGCCGCAAGAGAGCACAGAACCACAAACGUCCACUUCUCAGAAUGUGUCUUUCAGCGUACAACCUCAGAACCUUAACACUGAUGGACCAAAUAACGCUAACCCCAUGAACUCUUCACCAAACCCUAUCAAUGCAAUGCAGACAAAUGGACUGCCGAACUGGGGCAUGGCUGUUGGCAUGGGGGCCAUCAUCCCGCCCCACCUGCAAAGCCUUCCUGGUGCUAAUGGGACAUCAGUUUCUCAAGUCAGUGGGGGAAGUGGUGAAGGAAUAGGCAAUUCAGUGUGGGGGAUAUCCCCAGGUAAUCCUGCCACAGGAAACAGCAAUUCUGGGUUCAGUCAGGGGAAUGGAGACACUGUGAACUCAGCAUUAAGUGCUAAACAAAAUGGAUCCAGCAGUGCUGUGCAAAAGGAAGGAAAUGGAACAAGUGCAUGGGAUUCAGGACCUCCUGCUGGUUCUGGGGUCUUAGCGUGGGGCAGGGGCAGUGGCAACAGUGGUGUUGGUAAUAUGCAUUCUGGUGCUUGGGGCCACCCAAGUCGCAGCACCAGUAACGGUGUUAAUGGUGAAUGGAGCAAGUCCCCAAACCAGCAUUCCAAUAAUGACAUCAAUGGGAAAGGAUCAACAGGGUGGGAUAGCUCUAGUGUUACCAGCCAGAAUCCUGCCAUGCAGCAGGGCAAUGAACAAAUAAACUCUUGGGCCAAAGCUGCAGCAUCUGGCAACACAGGUAGUGAAGGAAGUAACGAUAGCAAUGGUAGUCAGAAUGAAGGCAGUGCUGGUAGGGAAGGAGCUGGAGAGGGUCGAAGAAGAGACAAGGGAAUGAUAGACCAAGGAGGGCAAGUCCAGUUGCCAAGGAGUGACCUUGACCCAAGGGUUUUGUCCAACACUGGAUGGGGACAGACUCCUGUAAAGCAAAACACUGCCUGGGAAUUUGAAGAAUCCCCAAGGUCUGAACGAAAGAAUGACAAUGGAACUGAGGCCUGGGGUUGUGCAGCUACUCAGCCUUCAAACUCGGGGGGCAAGAAUGAUGGGUCCAUCAUGAACAGUACAAAUACCUCUUCAGUAUCUGGGUGGGUCAGCUCUCCACCUGCAACAGUUCCAACUAAUACAGGUUGGGGCGACAACAAUAACAAAGCGCCAAAUGGCCCUGGGGGAUGGGGAGAGCCGGCAAGUUCUACUGCUGUCAAUAAUGCUGCUGCUGCCAAAAGUGGCCACACUUGGAGUGGGACCACAAAUCAGGAGGACAAGUCGCCUACUUGGGGUGAACCUCAGAAACCCAAAUCUCAAAACUGGGGAGAUGGACAGAAAUCAAAUCCAGGCUGGACUUCGGGGGGUGGAGAUUGGGUUGAUUCCUCAUCUGUCCCUGGACAUUUGGGAGAUGGGAAAAAGAAUGGGUCUGGAUGGGAUGCUGACAACAGAUCAGGUUCUGGUUGGAAUGAUACUACACGUUCUGGGACCAGUGGAUGGGGAAAUGGCACAAACAGCAAGGCUAAUACAGGUACAAGCUGGGGGGAGUCUUUAAAACCUGGUCCCCAACAGAAUUGGGCUUCUAAAUCCCAGGACAACAAUGUGAGUAAUUGGGGAGGAGCUGCUUCUGUUAAACAGACUGGAUCAGGUUGGGUUGGUGGACCAGUGCCAGCCAAAAAGAAGGAUAGUAGCGAAGCAACUGGUUGGGAAGAACCAUCUCCACCAUCCAUUCGGCGCAAGAUGGAGAUUGAUGAUGGUACCUCGGCUUGGGGUGACCCAAAUUACAACAACAACAAGACUGUAAAUAUGUGGGAUAGAAACAAUCCUGUAAUCCAGAGCAGUACCACCACCACCACUACCACCACCAUUAUCAACGCAAACAUGGCUGAACCUCAGCCACCACACCAGUCAAGUGCCCAGUCAAACCGGUCCCCGCUGCUUGGUCCAGCAGGCUGGGGAGAGAUGCCUGCUGUCCAUGCAAAGCCUGAAGCUUCAUGGGGAGAGCCCUCCUCCCCUUCUGCUGCAGUCGAUAAUGGCACUUCAGCAUGGGGGAAGCCCCCCAGCAGUGGUACAGGGUGGGGAGAUAACUCUGCUGAGUCAGCAGGGACAUAUGGAAGAGCGAGCGCACCAGCUGCUGCCCCAGCACUGUGCAAACCAGCUUCUAAAUCUUCUAUGCAAGAAGGCUGGGGCAGUGGUGGAGAUGAAGUAAAUCUCAGUACAAGUCAGUGGGAAGAUGAAGAAGGAGAUAUGUGGAAUAAUACUGCUUCACAAGAGAGCAAUUCCUCUUGUAGCUCCUGGGGAAAUGCCCCAAAGAAAGGACUUCAAAAGGGCAUGAAGACAUCUAGUAAGCAAGAUGAGACCUGGAUCAUGAACCGUCUGAUAAAACAGCUUACAGACAUGGGCUUCCCAAGAGAGCCAGCAGAAGAGGCCUUGAAGAGUAACAAUAUGAAUCUUGAUCAGGCCAUGAGUGCUCUGCUGGAAAAGAAGGUGGAAAUGGACAAGCGUGGAAUGGGAGUGGCUGACUACAAUGGAAUGGUCACCAAACCCCUUGGCUGCCGCCCACCACCGAUCUCCAAAGAGUCUUCCAUGGACCGCCCCACCUUCCUUGACAAGCUCACCCUUUCUUUUUUCAAUCAGGAUGGCGGCCUAGUGGAAGAGCCCACUACUUCACCAUUUUUGCCUUCACCAAGCCUGAAGCUCCCCCUUUCAAACAGUGCACUCCCUAAUCAGACCCUGGGUGGGAUUGCCUCAGGGCUGGGCAUGCAAAACUUGAAUUCUUCUAGACAGAUACCGAGUGGCAAUCUGGGUAUGUUUGGCAAUAGCGGAGCAGCACAAGCCAGGACCAUGCAACAGCCGCAGCAACCGCCAGUGCAACCUCUUAACUCAUCCCAGCCUAGUCUUCGUGCUCAAGUGCCUCAGUUUCUCUCCCCUCAGGUUCAAGCACAGCUUUUGCAGUUUGCAGCAAAAAACAUUGGUCUCAAUCCUGCACUAUUAACCUCGCCAAUUAAUCCUCAGCAUAUGACGAUGUUGAACCAGCUCUAUCAGCUGCAGCUGGCUUACCAACGUUUACAAAUCCAGCAGCAGAUGCUACAGGCUCAGCGUAAUGUUUCCGGACCCAUCAGACAACAGGAGCAGCAAGUUGCACGUACAAUCAAUAACAUGCAGCAGCAGAUCCAGCAGCACCAGCGCCAGCUGGCUCAGGCCCUGCUUAUGAAGCAGCAGCCACCCCCUCCACAUCUAUCUUUGCACCCCUCUGCAGGCAAAUCAGCCAUGGAUAACUUUUCACCCCAUCCCCAGGCUCCUAGCCUAUCUGACCUGCAGACCAAAGAGCAACAGUCUUCACCGAACACCUUUGCUCCUUAUCCCCUUGCUGGACUGAACCCAAACAUGAAUGUAAACAGCAUGGACAUUCCUGGUGGUUUGUCAGUAAAGGACACUUCUCAGUCCCAAUCUCGCCUUCCUCAGUGGACACACCCCAACUCAAUGGAUAAUCUCUCCAGUGCUGCUUCUCCACUUGACCAGAAUCCUAGCAAGCACGGUGCUAUCCCUGGAGGUCUUAGUAUUGGUCCUCCAGGAAAGUCCUCCAUUGAUGACUCUUAUGGCCGGUAUGAUCUGAUUCAAAACAGCGAGUCACCAGCCAGUCCUCCUGUAGCCGUUCCUCACAGCUGGUCACGUGCCAAAUCUGAUAGUGAUAAAAUUUCCAAUGGCUCCAGCAUCAACUGGCCACCAGAAUUUCAUCCUGGAGUACCUUGGAAAGGAUUGCAGAAUAUUGACCCAGAGAACGAUCCUGAUGUUACGCCUGGAAGUGUUCCAACAGGGCCAACUAUUAACACCACCAUACAGGAUGUUAAUCGCUAUCUUCUCAAGAGUGGAGGGUCAUCCCCAACAUCAUCUCAGAAUGCCACGCUGCCUUCAUCGAGUGCCUGGCCACUUAGUGCCUCCGGCUACAGUAGCUCAUUCAGCAGCAUUGCAUCCGCACCUAGCAUUGCAGGUAAAUUGUCAGACAUCAAGUCAACGUGGUCUUCUGGCCCAAUUUCUCACACACAAGCCUCUUUGUCCCAUGAACUGUGGAAGGUACCCAGAAACACUACUGCUCCUACGCGACCACCUCCAGGCUUAACAAACACCAAGCCAUCAUCUACCUGGGGUGCCAGCCCACUGGGUUGGACCAGCUCUUACUCUUCUGGCUCAGCCUGGAGUACUGACAGCUCAGGAAGAACAAGUAGCUGGCUGGUCCUCCGCAACCUCACACCCCAGAUUGAUGGCUCUACACUGCGUACUCUAUGCUUACAGCACGGUCCUCUUAUUACAUUCCAUCUGAACCUGACUCAAGGGAAUGCUGUGGUCCGAUACAGUUCCAAGGAAGAAGCAGCAAAGGCCCAGAAGUCUCUGCAUAUGUGCGUUUUGGGGAACACUACCAUCUUGGCUGAGUUUGCUGGGGAAGAGGAAGUGAACCGUUUCUUAGCCCAAGGCCAGCCACUGCCCCCCACCUCCAGUUGGCAGUCCAACACUGGAACCACUCAGACCCGUUUGGGCUCCACAAGCAGCUCACAUGGAAUGGUGCGCAACGAUGCAGGCCACUGGAAUACCCCCUGCCUGGGCGGGAAAGGGAGCAGCGAUCUGCUCUGGGGUGGGGUCCCACAGUACUCAAGCAGCCUUUGGGGUCCGCCCAGCACCGAUGAUGGCAGGGUGAUCGGAAGCCCAACGCCUUUGAAUACUCUGCUCCCAGGUGAUCUUCUCAGCGGGGAGUCCAUGUAGGACACCAGAGAAACAAAAUGGAAGUAACAAUCAUCAGCACUAAAGGAAAAAUAAUGGUAACCCUUUCCAGUCCAGGGCAUCAUGAAGAAUCCAGCUUUAAUAGAUCAGACUGGCAGCCCUUUUUUAGUACCUCUGUCCAAUAUCGACUAUGAAACUCUACCGAAGUCCUUGUGAACUGUUAGUGCAACAGUAUGGGCUCCUUUUGGUCAGUGUCACGUGCUAAUGAUAGGUUUUAUGUGGGGUUUUUUUCCAAUGGCUUUUUAAUUUCAUUUUUAUGUUUGUAAGGUGUUUUUAAAGACGUAUAAAAGCUGCUUAGACUAGUUCUAUCAUGAAGGGCACUUUUCAGAAUUUGGGCUGGAAAGGGUUAUUUUAUCAACUUUGGGAGUGGGGGAGGGAUGAAGGAGGGGAUGUUAGAAAGCCUAUUUAAAAUGAGCCUGUGAUAAUUAUGCACAUUACCAGAGGCGGAUCCUGUAAUCAGUAGGGGGUGGCAUCCAACCAGCCCAUCAGCAGCAUUGGGGAACAAAUCCUACACCCCUUGGCUGUACGACUUGGAUUGAACGGUGGGGUGGGAUAUCCAUGUCCACUACUCCCAUGGGUCUUGCCUAUGCACAUUACACUUGUUUCAUUACUUUUUUGUGUCAUUGUUUUUUGAAGUACCCCCCCAAAAAAUAGUAAAAAGGCUUAAAAAAAAACAUAUCAAACAUGCAACUAUACUUGAAUCCAGCAGGCCAAUAUUACAAAAUGUGAACACUUUCUAUUAUUACACUUCCAGGUUGGCAUCAGAAAACAAAAGAACAGGCUCUAGGAAUAUUUCUUUUUGUUAAGUUCUUUCUUAUAUGUAUGCAUUGGGGAAAAGAUGGAUCGAUGUGUGAGCGUAUGGGGGUGUGCGUGCGCCAAUUGUACGACUUAACAAAUGGUGUGGUUUUUAUUUCCUUUUCCUUUUCAGUACAUAUGCUUUUGAUUUGCUCAUUGGUCAAACGUUUAAUUGUUAUUAGCUUCUAACUUUGCACUGAGUGUCCGCAGCCCUUCUUGUAGCUAAUCCUACUUGUGUUUGUUUUGUUUUUUUAAAAAAAAAGUUGAAAAAAACUGAUAGGAGGGGCUGGCGACAAUUCACGUGUAAAUGUUUACUCAAGGACUCUUGCCGCAUUUUAAAAACUUACAGUGUGUAUCUCUGGAGAAUAAUAUGUAUAUCUACCUUUAGCAGCUUUUUAUUGUGGACUAAUGCAAGGAAAUAAUUACCGGAGUAUUGCACCGUUUCCCCCCCAUUCAAAAUAUAAAGUUUUAAAAAAAGAAAAAGAAAAAAAAAGAAACUCUUGUUGAACUGUGGCCAUAAAUACUUGUAAAGAGUGGAUGGUUCCCUGCAAGCCGGAACGGAAACAAGCACUUGGGACAUAGGUUUUGACUGCUUUUGGAGGAGCCUACAGUUUCGGCUCCCACCUGUUUACAGACCUUUUUUUUUUUCCCUCCUUCAAACUUUAAAAUAAAAAAAGGAAUUGAAAAAAAGAAAAAAAAAUAGACUUCCAUCAUAAAGAAACCUAUUUUCAGAAUGAAGAUAUGCUACUUCAGAACUCUGGGAUUGAACAGUGUUUGUUGUUGCUGUUUGUUUGUUUGUUGUUGUUGUUGAUCCUUUCCUUUUGGCCAUUGCUGUGUACUCUUUUUUUGUUGUUGUUUUUUCCUCCUCUUCGUCAAAGUGGCGAAAAAUGUUGUGAUCACUAUCUUGCACAUGGUGGAAGAUGUCUCAGGAAAGCCGGGUUUCCCGAGGAGCAACUCCACACCAUUUCAUGUAUUUUUUAAACCCAACUCCUAGCACUGAAGAUAUUAUUAAAAAACAAAAUGAAAAAAAAAAUAAAAAGACAGUAAGAGAAGAAGAAAAAUACCUAAUCUAAUGUGUAGCAGUUACAUAUUUACCAAAUAAUGGACUCAAAAGAAAUAGAUGUUUGAAGAGUGCUUUAUAUAUUAAAAAUUGCUUUAUGUUUAAAAAUGAUCAAUGUUUUUGAUUGUUUUGAAAGGAAGAAAGACAAUGGAAUUAACAUACCCUUUGAGUAUGUUUUUAAAAAUUAUAUGAACAUUGUGCUCCCUGCCUGCUUGGAUCAGGAAACUUGUGCAUUACAUUUUUUUGGUUAAAGAUUAGCUUUUUAAUGGUUUUGUCCAAUUAAAAAGGGUCCUGCAAGAUUGCAAAUCAACAAAAGCUGGUUUUCUAGAGGAUCAUGAACUAUGCACAGAUUGGGUUCCAGACUUGUGUUUUCUCAAGUUUUCGUAGUGUAUUUAGCUGAAUACCCUUUUCUCAGAGUGAUUGCAUCUCAUUCUCAUUACACGCACUCUACAUAUGUAUUGUGUAUAUCUCUCUCUCUAUACACACACACACACACACACACACACACACACACACACACACACACUAUAUUUAUAUAUAAAAUACAUAUGUGCCUAUGUGCGGAUUGAAAUAGUCAAUACAAUUUUCCAUGCUGAAGUUUAGCAAUGAGUUGUAGGGAAGAAGAAAAAACAAACUCCCAAUCUUUAAAAAUUGGGGAUGGAAGUUUUAAAAAAAAAUCUUGUUGAUUUUUAUUUUUUUAUUUUUUUUGCCUUUCAUUUUGAAUUCAAGAUGUCUGUAACUCUGAGAUGAAAAGAAAAAAAAGUUUGUGGCUUUUAAUGUUAUUUCUCCUCAUAGAAUGUGAUUGUUAAAAACAUGCACCAGAAGUUGCUUUCAAGAGUACGAAAAUUCUUUGAAACUUAAUAAACUGCAGUUUUUCUUGGCUGUUGAA